GCGCGUAACGCGCGGCGACUCCGCCCCCGACUCCCUUCACGCCGUUCCGCGGUUCGGCGGCGGCGGACGGGCGACCGGCCGUCUCUCUCGCAACGGCAUCCAGUCUCGAGCUCGCCUCUCGACACGGUUUCAUCUCGUCGCCCGUGUCCGUUUUUUCGUGUCCGCGCGAUCGGCUCGCCGUCUCUCCCGAGGUCGAUUAGCUCAUUAUUAGCCGCCGGCUCCAGUUUCCGCAGCGUGGAAACCCUCGCCCCGUUGUUUCUCUCGCGGUGAACGGAGUGACCGAUCGACGAAGGGAGUUCGACGAUCUAUCCCGGAGGAUCUACGCCCAUUAGCGAAGAUUUUCUCGAUUGUGUGCUUUCCGAUUUAAGGGAACCCUUCGAAAUCUGUUCGCGCUCGCGGCCGCCACGAACGCUCCGUCACGAAGAUGUAAGGUGCGAGAUCGCAGCAUCGGCUCUUGCGAUGUACUUUCCCGCAUCGUAUACAAAGGACAGUUUUACCCUUCUUUAACGAUAUUGCGAUACUGUGCGAAUUGUGUGUCGUCAGUGUGAAACGAAUGUGUUUUGCUUACCGCGAACGAUUUCGGGAGCAUGAAACGAUUUGUUUGUCGCACGACGUCCGAGUGUCAGUGAAACCAGAUUCCGGACGAUAAACAAAUCUUGACUCGAUAAAUCGGAGAGAGGCAUCGUUGUACCCUAUCUGUCGAGGCCCAUCGUCGGCGGUGCAAUUGUGGAGAGCCCGACCGGUGAUUGGGUGCAGCUGCAGCAGCAUCGGGUAAAUGCGACGGCCGACGCCUUUAUGAGUUACGUGGACAGAUCCAGGAUGGUCUCGCACAUCAUCCCUGUUUCUGGGGAGCUGCAGCAGGAGAAUGGCAACAUGAACUCCUCGGUACACUGCACUCAUUCCCUGAAAAUCAAACAGGAACCGUUUCAGCUGUCGCCGCCGUCGCCCUUGCCGUCUCUUCAUCAAGUGAGCGGUUUCGUAUCCGAACUGCAGGGUGGCUACAUCGGCAGUAACGCGAAGGACCUCGACUCGUCGUCGGUUUCCGGUAGCCUAGGCCGAGGUUUAUCAUCGCACCAUAUCCCCCUGAGCCACCACCAUCACCACCACCACCAUCAUCAUCCCCAUCAUAGUGUGCACAGCCCCAGCUCCGUAGUCUCUAUACACACCACGACAACCACCACCACCGCCACUACCACCGUCUCACCGCCGACGCAUCUUCACCUGGACGACAAGAGCUCGUCGCCCGUGGGCACCCUUCACAGCACGACCAAUAGCAAUCCUCCCACGCCGUCCGCAACCUCCACGCCCAUCGCGGCCAUCACCGACAGUACCGCGACUACCGUCGCAACCACCGUCGCAACCACCGGCACGAACAAUGGUACCAACGCCACGAACAACAAACCGCCCUACAGCUAUGUCGCCCUCAUCGCCAUGGCGAUACAGCACAGCUCGCAGAAGAGGGCGACCCUCAGCGAGAUCUAUACCUAUAUCACCUCCAAGUUCCCGUACUUCGAGAAGAACAAGAAGGGAUGGCAGAACUCGAUCAGGCACAACUUGUCGCUGAACGAAUGCUUCGUCAAGGUGCCCCGAGAGGGUGGCGGCGAGAGGAAGGGCAAUUUCUGGACGCUUGAUCCGCAAUACGAAGACAUGUUCGAGAACGGCAAUUACCGAAGGCGAAGACGAAUGAAACGUCCUUACAGAAACGCUCCGUACAAACCGCCGCUUUACGCCGAUCCGUUCUCGACACCUCACAUGCAUUUGGCCCCCAGAAACAUUUUCGGCCACUCACCCCCUUCGUACGCCCCUACUGCUUACACGCGAUACGAUACGAGCGCAUGGAAUCUCCAACAGCCACAACUCUCGUACAGCCAUUGCCAGUCGCUGCAGCCGCAAUUGCAGUCGAUGCAGUCGAUGCAAAUCCCGGCAAUGAACGGCUACAGCCAACUGAGCACCUCGUUAAGUGAGUCACUAUUCUUGCACUUUGCACCCUCUUUUGUCGAGCGGGGUAACGCUGAACGACCAGACAAAGCGUUUCAAGGCAAUCCUUACCUGGAUGUUCCAGGUGGAACGGCCGGAUCGCCCGGUUCCAUGGGCGGCGGCUCCUUCAGCAGCAGCUUUGCCGCGUGCGGCAGGAGGCACGAAUCCGCGAUAACCACGGAUGCGAUGUCCAGUAGAUGCUAUUGGCCCGAGAUGGUGAACGUGAAGGAGGAGCCCGGGACCAAUGUGUCGACCAGUAGCGUCGGCGGCGUCAGCGGCGUCGGCAGUGUCGGCGGCGUCGGCGUCGGAGUCGGAGUCGGCGUCGGCGUCGGCGUCGGCGUCCCGUCCGGCAUGAUGGGCACCGCGGCGUCGUCGGGCGUCCCCACGACGGGAUUCGCGUCGAUGGACUUCCAGACGCGUUCCAAGUGCUUUAUGUGAACACGAGAGGAGCCGCCGUGCAAGCAGCAGCGCGUACAGCUACGUGACGAACCGACGACGACGCGACGUCGCGACGAGGAUCGACGAGGGACAACGCGAUCCUACGUGAUCUAUCGCGCGGCGCGUUAGAUCGCGACGAGAUGAUGGAUUCGCGAUUCGACGAACGCGGUGAGCGAUGCAUGCGACGCUCAUCUCCCGAUAACGCGCGGCAAUAUGCGGAUUAUAUUUAUCAAAUAUUAUCGAACAAUAUCUGAUAAUUGUUUAGCUGAUAUUAUUGGAUUGGUCGUUCGCGAAUCUAACCGCGCGGGAGAAAGCGCAACGUAAACUCGCUCGUGUAAUUGCUGUUGUUAUGUUAAUUCGAUGUUAAUGUAAAGGUUACGUUCGUUCACGCUUGUUAAACACUUAAGCGACACAUUACGUGCACGCGGGGAGUAGCCGCGCCUAUCGUGCGAAAUAUUACAAUACGAUGCAGUAUAUAGUAUGAUCCCUCGAAUCUUUAUCGCGAGAAUGGCAGCCGUGUGAAAGGAGAACAUAGGGAUGAUCUCUCUCGGUUUUAUCUCCCUCCCCCCCCUCGUUUUUUUCGAUAUAACACGUUUGAAAAUACCUCUAUCUUCGCACAUCGUUGUCGACUGCUAGACAGUAUUUAAUAUCUUGACGAGAGAGGCGAGAGACGAAGGAAAUUUGUUCACAACGAAAAUGAGAUAUCGUUUUUCGAUCACGAUAGAAAAGAGAAUACGUUCUGAACUAAUUCCUGAAAGAAAGAAAUGUUAUUCCAGAAAGUUACAGUGGCAAAAUUUUGCACGCGUUCAAGCGCUCUUGCAAUGAUCAAAUGCUACCUUUUCUAUUGCGAUAUAAACAUUUGCAACAGAAACGGUAUCUCUUAGUUAAUAUGGAUCCAUUGUAAGAAGAGCGAUGUAGAGAAAAAUCGUCUUAUUGUAGAGAGUUCUUUUAUAUAAAUAUAUAUAUAUAUAAAUAUAUAAAAUUUAAUGAAUAAAGUUAGACAUGUUUAAUCGUACAAAUAUGUACGUUUCAUGCUGAGAAAAGAGUAGUUAAGUUGUCUAUAUUUUUAAGUUAAAUAUAUAAAUAUUUGAAUUGAAGUUUAAGCAUUUCAUGUAUUUAAGUUAAAUACAUAAAUACUUCAACUGAAGAAAUUUAAUUAAGUGGAAAAAUUUUGUCAAAUUAAUUACUUUUUCCUUAGCGUGUGAACCAUGUAGAUUAGAACGGAAUUGUUUUCGCGAUUACGAUGUAAAUAUACGAUUAGCGUAGACGUAGUAACGAUUUUAAGUAACUCAUACUGCGAGCUAAUUAAUCUUAUGUAUAAAUCAACUAAAAUUGACUUCUAUUAAAUGUAACGUUCAAGUUAUUAACGAGAUCGUGUAUGAGCACUUUGUGACAGCUGCGGUACAGUGGUUCGAUGAAAAUCCACAUGUAAAAAAAAAUAUAACUGCGGCCGUAUGAGAGACGAAAAUAAAUCUUAAUUAUUUAUCAUCGAAAAGUACAAUUCUCUUCCAGGCAGUCACUUUACUUGAGAGAGAGUCACACUUUUCAUUAUAAAUUUCGCUAUUGAUGUUUAAUUGAAUUAAAUAUUUUAUUUUCAUUCACGCAAAAAUCUAUCUAAGGAAGUAUAAAAUUAUCUGUCGCUUUACUUUCAACGUUAUAAUAAGAUUGAUAAAAGUAUCGAACUCCAUUUUGAAUGAUAUAAAGAUUGUUUAUCAAAAUGUUAGUUACCCACGUAAUACACAAAUGACAUUUAACUAAUAAUGCGUCUCGCUAUUAUGCAAACAUCAAAUAUUACUAUAAUAUAUUAAAUGCCAUACUAAUUUAUAUAACGCAUGCGUUAUUAAGUCAAUACACAAUAAUUAUAUUAAUUAAGCAUUUAAAUAUUCUUAACUUUGUCCGAAAUUUUCCCUUUUAUUUAAUAUCUUAAUGCACCAGGAGACAAUAUUGAAAUAUCCAUUAAGGAAAAAAGUUUUCUUCUUCCGGAAAUAGUUUCUACAUAGUAUCUACGCGCUACUGCAUCCUGCUGCAGGUCUGCCUCACAGGAUGCCAAGGAGAAUAGUGCGCGCCGGAGGGCGGGGGGGGAGGAGGAGGGCGAGUGAACUGGACCAAUGGCCGGCGAAUGUUUUGCGUGCGCGAUGUUUGCAAAACAAUCCGUACGCCGUAGGUUUUAAUAUUCCUCGUAAAAUCUGGAACGCUAUAAGCGCAGGUCGCGUCAACACUGCGCGUGCAUCGAACACGGGAAUAGCACGUGCAUCUUGUUUUCUGAUCUAGGAGAACGUGAGCGCGAGGGAGCACACGCUGUCAAUGACGCCGUUAUGGCAUUUCUCUUACGGACUGCAAAUAUGUUAAGCUCGGCCGGAUACACGAUUGCAAGAAGCGAGCCUUCGCCGAAGAAUGACGGAACAAAUUUUUUUCGUAUGAAAAUAAAGAGGCAAAAUAAAAAUUGCGAGGAACGGAUACGACAAGCUAAUAUUUUGUUAAACUGUAAUAUGUUGCUAUAUUUGAUGUGCAUAUUCUCUUUCAGCAAUUAAGUAAGUAUUAAAAAGUGGAACUCCUUUAUCUAUAAAGACGCAAAGUAUGUAUUUUUUUGUUUGAAUCUAUAUCUACGUUUGCUAACUUAACUGUCGCAUCUUUUUAAUUCUUUUGAAUCACAGUCUUGCUCGCGUAAUGUAUACGAAGAAAGAUAAUAAAGUUGGAAUUUCCGUAAAUAAGAUUCUUAUUUGUACCAUUUUUUGCUUAACUAUUCUCUUUAUCCUGGGAAUUCAUGGAAUCGUGAUUCUCGAAAUCAGUAAGCGCCACUUUUUUGCUGAUUACGUUCUUUUAAUAACUUUUAUGUUUUUUUCCAAGUUCGUGUCUCUUGAUUAAUAAGAGAAUCGAAAUUCGAGAGGCAUCAUUUCGUCCUUCUUCUUACUCCUGUUUAAAUCCCACGAAUUCCCUUCGUCUCUCAGAAACGUACGCUUUACAUAGCGUAGUUUGACACGCUCAACGUAAACAUCAGAUCCAUUUUAUCCAAACAGACACGAUAGUGGACUCGGCUAGCCACGCAUAUUAUGUACUACGAAGAGCGCGGCUAAAACGUAUGAUAAAAUAUUAAUUAUUACACGCGUCAGUAUGUUACACGUACACGUGCGUUUCGGUAUCCCAGUAUCGCAACACCUUCAUUUUGUAAUGAGUAAUUCAACUUGUGAUUUUGCGAAAGCAGUGUCAAAAGUGUUCGAUGUAAUACCUUCAACGAAGAAUUAUUAUUAAAUUGUUAAGCUUUACUUUAUGCUAUUAAUUAUUUAUAUUUUACAUUAAUAAGUCUAUUAUUAUUUUAUAUUGCAUGAAUAGUUAAAUUUCGUGAUGGAAGUUCACCGUGUCCGAUGAUCGAAAGGAUCUUGGGAUGGGAUAAAUCGGAUCUGGGCAACAGGAGAGAGAACGUGCGUUGAAUGACGCACAACAGCUGUAGGCAACUUUGAGUCGCGUUUCGUGCUCGUAAAACUUUGAGUCUAGAAUAUGUCUAGAGAAGAAGAUAGUAUUAUGGGCCGUGUAGAUAUUAUGGUCACUCGUAUCUUUGUUAUAUUAGGUGACGAAUUCUGGUAAUUACUUAUAAAAUCAAUUUGUUUAGCAGCCUUCCGUUAUAUAGCGCCAAUAUGCCAACACACAAAGUGGACAUUUGUUAUGAGGUAUUUUUACUCUUUCGAACAUUUUAAAACUCUUUCACGACACGUCAUUUAAUUACACAUAAUUCCUCAUUAUUUCUAAACUUGAGCGUAUUAUUACACGAAUGUAUGUACACUUAAGUCUUUUUUGCCAUUUAACUUUUUAUUCGACUGUACAUAUUUCGAGUUAUGCAAAAUUAAACAUGAAAUAUAACAUGAAAUUUUGCUAAUGUAGCUCCUUAAGUGUAUUGACAUCUCAACGGGCCUAACAUGGUCUCUUCUUCGAAUUUUUCAUACUGAAGUAGUUUAAUAAGUUGAUUGUAGUUUUAUUAUUAAGCUAUAAUUUACAUUACGUGUAUUACAAAUUUUCAGUCUAUAUCUACGGAAAGCUUAUGCAUAUACAUUUGCAUAUAUUCUACAAUAUUUUUUCUUCCUAAAAAAUGAAACAUUUAAUUUAAUGAAAUUGUCCCGUAUUUACGAAAAAUACUUUACGUUUGUCUCAGCAUUGUAAUCCAUCUUAUUCUGUUUCAAGUUCAAACUUCGUUGUUAAUAUUUAGAGUGGCAUUCUCUAUGAUUUUAACCAAGUGUCGCGAAAAAAAUAUAUGAAGGAUCAGAAAUCGAUAUUCCUCGCGGAUAAGAUCGUAUUUUUGCGAUCUGCGUGCUUCAAUUACUCGGAUGAAUUCGGCGGGACGGAUAUAAGGAAAGAGAGUAUGCGACGAUGUCUCGCGUGCCAGAUACACACACUCGGGGGAGGAACGUGCGGGAUUCACAUGCACGUGCGUGCGUGCGUGGCGAUGCGUGUAAGUGGAGGACGUCGGCGGUGACAUAUAGCGACGGCGGAGAACGAUCAUUUAGGCGACUAUUAGCAGCUUCGUGAACCCGCGCACGUGUAUCUCCUGCAAGGGCUGCAAGUACUCUUCUGAGCUGAGAGGGAAGGAUUCUUUGAACUUGUGAACCAUCAAUUGCGGACGAAACAAUGUUGCACUUGCUAUUAUGUGUAGGAAAAAGAAGAAAAUAGAAGAUAAAAAACCUCUCUCUUGCUAAUGAGCAAGAUUGACCGAUAAGAGCAAAGUAAUUGAAAAAAUCAAUUAACUAGUAAUGUGAAUUAAUACUGAAUUCUUUUAAAGAAUUCUCUCUCUCUCUAAAGAAAUUUAUUCGUUGAUUUAUAUUCUCUUCAUAUUUAUAUUCAUUCGUAUUUGAAUAAUAUAAUGUUAUGUUAGAUAAAUAAAACGGGCGAUAGACAGCAAGAAUUCAGGUCAUUAUUAUCUUCUUAAUUUUUACAAAUUAAAAUAUUGGGAGCAAAUAUUUUCCAUAUCAAAGAGAGAUCGACAUUGAUCUCCUACUUUUUUGAAGGUAGAAAAAGGUUCGAACGAUGAAAGACGGAAAAGAAGAAAAUUUUUCUAUUUCCGGCGCGCGAUGGGGGUUUCGCUUCGUCCUAAUUCGAUUAUAGCACCGGAAUUUAGAUACAGCGCCGCGAUCGUUAAAAGUGUAUUUAAUUAACCGUCGCGUAGAAAAAAAGACAGUCGGUCGAACGAGCCGAGAGAGUGUGUCGGGUAUCAUUCGGCCGAUUUAUGGUGAUCUUCCCCGUAGGAAAACCCAGGGCAGACCGCGAAUUCCCGAACGGAAAGAACUCGGAGAGGACUAGCGUCGAAACACGUCGGAUUUCUUCGCCUGAUGAUCAAGUUAAUCAUCCGUCAGUUUCGUCAUUCCGCGAGCGAUUUCCACCCCUCCCCUCCAAAAAAAA